CAAGCUUUUCCCCCAUGGUCAAGGUCAAUUUGAUGAAUUGAUUCCUCUGCUUGCUGCCCAACUUGACACCGCGGCCGCUCUCUGCCCACUGGCAGCAGGAUCCGUGGCUGAUGCAUCGUUCACCUACAGAUAUACUUCCCCGGACGGCAAAUCCUCCGAUAAGAAGUUUGCUGUCAAGAACAAGAGAGAGCACCUAUCUGUGAGCGAACCUGGAAUAUACAGCUUAAUGGGCAUUGAAGGUCCUUGUGCGGGUGAAGUGAUGGAGCCUAGCAAGUGUGAGGUGCAGAUGGUGCCCUUACCUAGUAUGGACAUGAGCGUUGAGACUUUACACGAAUGUGCGAUGGAUGUUGGUGCGACAGCCUCAUUUGACUUUACAGGUUCCCCGCCUUUCAAGCUGGAUUACACCGAACAGCGAAAGGGCGGACGAGCCAAGAUUCUAAGUCAGAUGUUUCAGUCACACUACGGAUCCAUCGUUCUCCGUCCUGAGCAGGAAGGUAUCUACACCUAUACCUUUACGGCAUUGAGCGAUGGGAAGUACAAAAAGGUCGCCGUGGAUAAAGAGCCGAUUCAACAGACUGUGCAUCCGUUGGCCAAUGUUGAGAUGGUUGGAAAUUCCAGGAGAAGGACUCUCUACGCUUGCUCUGGGGAUGUGGUUGACAUUGACAUUGAUGCUAGGGGCAUCGCACCUCUUAAACUCACAUACCUCACCUCCUACUCGCGGGUCAAGCGCCUUUCGAACUCGGAUACCGUCACACGUCUGGUGGACGUACUUCCAGGCAUGUCCUUAAGAGUGUUCAGGAGAUUGGUAUCCUUCAUCUCUCUACAGAACCUGGAUCUCAUCUGUACGACUUUUUGUCUCUUGCCGAUGGUAUCCCAAGACGGAUGUGUCCAUCACUCUGGAGCAUGAGGUGUUUGGCCGACCGUUUACGGGGUCCACAGUCAUUGUCGUAUCGUCCUGCUGUCCAAGCUUUUCUCCUCGCGUCAAGAUGAAUUGGAUGAAAUCGUCCCUCUGUUUCUUGCCGAGUUUGAUGCCACGCCCAGUCUCCGGCCAACUGCAACAAAAAUGGUGUUUGACACACCGUUGGCACUUGAAUUGGUAAACGCUAUCGCACUACAAGAAACAUUCUCAGUCAGCGAAUGGUGCAAAAUGGACGAAAGGACUAAAUACAUACAGGCUUCCUAGCCUCGCGGCAACCGUGGCAAGAAAUAGCCAGACGGACCUUGGGACCGGUAGAAAGGAGAAACUCAUCUUUAAUGGAACCUUUCUUGGCAAGGGUUUUGAAAUGUGUCUUGGAAGGAGUUUUGCAGGCCUGAGGACUGCUAGACUUUUUCCUGGGCUUACUGGGCGUUUUGGGAGUCUUGGAAAUGACUGGGCUGGAGGGAACGGUCAAGUGAGUCUGAGGAGCAGGGGUGGCGGGGACCACAGAAGGGACAGUGGCAUCGGCCAGGGAUAUGUCUGAGGAAACAAAAUAAGCAUUGUGCAUCAAAAAGGCUGAAUGACUUACUGAAAUCCCACCCGAUAAACUCAUCCAUGUUCUCCUGGCAGACCAGUUCCUGAGGCUCAUUGGUGUUGAUAUUACCGUCGUUGGCCGGUAGUUGGCAGUCAACUUGCUCGGAAACAAUCUGUUCAACAGGAAUAACGGAUUGUGCAUUCUGGAAAGAGGAGCAAAUAAAGUUCCAGAGAUAUUCGCCUUGCAAUCCUGAGGUUCAGUCAGUAUCAAGCUGCAAAACAAGAAAUACGCCUGGCUUACCAACAGACUGGCCAAUUUGGAACAGUUGCUGGAUGUCAACCUGACCAGCAGUGUUGAUGUUGGUCUGGUUGACGAGGGGAGUAGCGAAGGCGUUCACGUUAGAGUCGGGAAUGGCAUUGGUAUCCUGACCAAAAUUGGAGCCUAUACUUUUGUAAAUAUGCGACCACCAAACAGGGCGAGAGUAUACUUACAAGUAGACUGAGUAGAAAGGAUGUAUGGCUGAGCGGCGACCUGACCAGCAGAGUCGACGUCGUUUUCAUUGCCAAGCAAAUUAAUAGAGUAGGUGUUGAAACCAAAGCCAUCACCGACCUGAGCAUGUAGGCCAAGGUUGAACUCGGUCUGGGGCUCGGUGGCAAGAGCUUCGUUAGUGGAGGAGAUGGACCAGGGCUGGAUGUUGAACUCAGUGUCUGUGUGAAGACAGAUGUCAGUGAGAAACGAAAGUGGAAGAAGGUGUUGACGAAAGAGAGAUGACUCACUUUGAACCUGAGCAGGGACGAAGAAGACGUCGGAGGGAGCGGCCGUGCUAUCCGGAGCUACGGUGACAGUGGAAAAGAAGAAGGAGCUAAGGUCUUCCGUGGAGUUAGACAUUAUGUGAGAAUAAUAGGUUAACUAGGGCUGUGAGAGCUGUAAGAGGUAUAAGAAGGUCGAGAGCUGUGAAAAGCGUAAAGGUUGGGAAUGGAAGAAGAGAGUCUGAAGAACAAUUUUACAACCUGGGUGGGCGUUUCUUAUACUGUUUCUGGGCAGCAGAGAGCAGUGGGCAGUCUUGUGACGGUCUGCAGCGUUAGUUGGGAGGCGAUGCCAACAGUAGCUGGGAGUAUGGCUUGGUGUGACUUUUACCAUCAACUUCUCCCUGCGACGUUAUCCGCCAUCGCUCUCUAUAUCGUCAGCUAUUCCUCCAAACUUCCUCAUGAUGGGUAUCUACAGAAUCCUCUCUUCCGUGGUUAUCCGCCUGCGGUAGCAUAAGCGUUUCAUAAUGCGUAUUUUCAAAGAUGCAAGACACUGAACAAGGAAGAGUUCGAAAGUGAAAAGGGUCGGUGUGAUUUCUCACGCGCGAAGGCACCAAAGUAAGCCCAGACACCGCCGUGUGCGAGAAUGGGGAAGCUGGGAAUGAUAUAGCGUGUGUGCUGGAAUCUUGAUCAGGCAAGAAGGAGGGGGGCCUCGGCUAUGGUGAGAAAGAUGCCGAUGGAGAUGCUGCGGCGAUGGUUGAGGAUGCGCCUAGAGGCUGAGUCGAGCAAUAGGCAAUGAUGCUGAGCGUAGAAAGUUAGUGUGACUUUUGACGAUGACGAUGCUGGGCAACAAGAGCCCGCCAAUGGGGAGCGA